AUGCCUCUCAAUUCAAAGGCUAUCUACUCCCGCAUAAAUCCCGACCUUACUCCAUUUUCAAGUCGAAGGAGUACUGUACAUAGUACGAAUGGAAUUGUCACUUCGACCCAGCCCUUGGCUGCCGCAGCGGGCCAGAGGAUCCUAAAGGAAGGAGGAAAUGCUGCCGAUGCCGCUGUAGCUGUGGCCGCCGCAUUGAACAUCACCGAACCUAGCUCCACGGGGAUCGGAGGAGACAUGUUCUGCCUUUUCUACGACGCCAAGACGAAAAAGGUUCACUCUCUCAACGGGUCGGGAAGAUACGCCGCCAAUGUCACGCUAGAGAAAGUCAGAAAGGACUUGAACCUGGGACCGGACGACGUGGCCCAAGUUCCCUUCAGAAGUGCGGUUGCGGUAACCACGCCCGGGGCGGCUGCUGGAUGGGUUGAUACUGUCGAGAAAUUUGGUAGCGGCAAAUUAUCUCUAGAGCAAAUCUUGCUUCCGGCAAUUGAGCUUGGAGAAGAGGGAUUCCCUGUGUCUGAGCUGUCGUCUUAUUUCUGGCACGAACAGGAAGGUCUACUCCGUAAAGCGUCUCCGAACUCGCAUGAGAUGCUCAAACCCGAUUCUAAAGCCAAGGACGGGUUCAGAGCCCCCCUGCCCGGUGAAAUAAAGAAAAACCCUACCCUGGCCCGAACGUUCCGAGCGCUUGCAGCCGAAGGUAAAAAGGGUUUCUAUGAAGGUCGGGUUGCAGAGGAACUUGUCAAGGUCGUUCAAGACCUCGGUGGCUAUUUGACUCUGGACGACCUCAAGUAUCACGCCGAAACGGGAAGCCAGGAGACAGAGGCUAUUUCCCUGAAGUUCACCGGGCAGGGAAUUGUCGAGAAGCAAUCCGGUGGUACGGAUGACGACGACAACCAGGGUGUAGAGAUCUGGGAGCACCCACCAAACGGACAAGGCAUUGUUGCACUCAUGGCACUGGGUAUACUUGAAGAGCUCGAGCGAACGGACAAGAUCCCCAAAUUCACGGAGGCCCAGCACAACUCAGCCGAGUAUCUCCACGCGAUCAUUGAGAGUCUUCGCAUUGCAUUCGCAGACGCCUCGUGGUGGGUAACCGACCCGGACGUCGAAAAAGUCCCAAGCCAAGAGCUCCUCUCACAAGCCUAUCUGGCCGAACGGGCAAAACUGUUCAGCCCCGACAAGGCCUCUGAUAUCCUUGACCACGGCAGCCCGGCUCAUAAUCACUGCGACACUGUUUAUUUCGCGGUGACCGACAAAGAGGGCAACGGUAUCUCGUUCAUCAACAGCAACUAUGCCGGAUUCGGAACCGGCAUCAUCCCCAAGGGCUGUGGAUUCACACUGCAGAACCGAGGCGCCAACUUCUCUCUGAGUCCCAGCCACCCGAAUGUUUUGGCUCCUCGAAAACGACCCUACCACACUAUCAUCCCUGCAAUGAUCACCAACUUUUCCGAUGGCUCUCUCCACUCGGUAUAUGGCGUUAUGGGAGGUUUCAUGCAACCGCAAGGCCACGUUCAGGUUCUGCUCAACAUGCUUGCUUUCAACUACAACCCUCAAGCCGCGAUGGAUUCUCCUCGGAUUUGCAUCGCAGCUGCGCCGCCCGAGCUCCCCCAGGACCGCACAGUCUACGUGGAGGAAGGGAUCAGCGACGAGGCCGUCACAGGUCUACAGCGGCUCGGUCAUAAAGUCAAGGUCCUGAAGGGAUGGGAACGGGGCAUUUUCGGUCGUGGACAAAUCAUCCGCUGUCACUACGAUGACGGCAAGCUGGUAUACAGCGCAGGAAGCGAUCUUCGCGGCGACGGAAUGGCCGUUCCUGUGGUAUAA